AUGUUCCUCGCUUUAGCAUUCGCACUCGCCACUCGGGUUGUGGCAAAUGACUUCCGCCCUGUCUACCAUUUUGUCCCUGAGGAGAACUGGAUGAACGAGCCCAACGGUUUGAUUAAGAUCAAAUCAACCUGGCACCUGUUCUAUCAGCACAACCCAACGGCAAAUGUCUGGGGCAAUCUGAACUGGGGCCACGCAACCAGUAGUGACCUGGUCCACUGGACUCACGAGCCCCUUGCCAUAACAAGCGAGAACGGCGUCGAAGCGUUCACCGGCACUAGCUAUUAUGAUGCCGACAACACCUCCGGUCUAGGGUCUUCUACCAGCCCACCCUAUCUGGCCUACUACACCGGGUAUUUUCCUUCCAACGGGACCCAGGACCAGCGUCUUGCCUUUAGCGUCGACGACGGGGGGCUUGAGACCCGCGACCCCAAGGUCUUUUUUCACCAGGCAUCUGGGAAAUGGGUCAUGGUCCUUGCCCAUGGCGGACAGGACAAGCUGACGUUUUGGACAUCGUCGAACGCAAAGUCCUGGACGUGGAAGAGCGACCUCUCUGCUAGCCAGAUCGAGGGUCUACCCUCUGGAAUUACUGGGUGGGAAGUGCCUGAUAUGUUCGAACUCCCUGUCCAGGGCACCAAUGCGGCCACCUGGGUGUUAAUUAUGACCCCUGCAAACGGAUCUCCCGCUGGUGGUAAUGGUGUUCUAGCCCUGACAGGCUCCUUUGAUGGAUCAACAUUCAAACCUGACCCUGUCGACCCUUCUAAUCUUUGGCUCGACUACGGUCGCGAUUUCGACGGUGCUUUGAGUUGGGAAAAUGUCCCUGCUUCAGAUGGACGGCGGAUCCUUGCCUCUGUUAUGAACAGCUACGGCGCUAGCCCACCAACCAAUACCUGGAAAGGGAUGCUGUCUUUCCCUCGGACCAUUACCCUGAAGGAAACAGCCUCUAAGCGAUACCUCCUCCAGCAGCCUGUCACUGAGCUCGCCCUCGUUGCUUCCCCGCUGGCGACAAUCCAGAAUCAAACGAUUACCACCGGCCAAACGUUGCUGUCAUCCAUUCACGGAACUGCGUUAGACAUCAAACUUGCCUUUACCAUUAACGCAGGUGCCAAACUUUCGCUGGCAGUGCGCAAGGCCACGUCGGAGCAGACAAUCAUCCAGUAUGACCAGACAAACUCGUCGAUAUCUGUUGAUCGAACGACGAGUGGAGACAUCUCCUACGACCCCGCUGCAGGCGGAGUCCACAGUGCUUCCCUGAAACCAGAUGGUUAUGGGGUUAUUCAUCUCCGCGUCCUAGUCGACAUUUGCUCGGUGGAGGUCUUUGGCGGGGAAGGAGAAGUUGUGAUUUCAGACCUGAUUUUUCCCAGCGAGACCUCCGACGGACUGUCCUUGGGGGUGACUGGGGGAUCGGCCAAUUUGCACUCUGUCGAGGUGCGCAGCAUUUCGCUCAACUAA